CUCGGGAGCCUGUGCCAGCAGCCCAACGCGGCGCCGCGGAUCCCUGGGUCCCGCCCCUGUGCGUCACGGCGCAGUUGCGCAGAGGCGUCUCUCGGGGGCGUGCCGCGGUUGCUAGGCGACCGACCACCCGAACUCCCUUCGGGUGUGGGUCAGGCGGGAGCCCAGGCGCGUGCUGCUGCAGAGGCUGCGUGCGAAUCCCCGGGGAGGCGCCGCGUCCGGGGGCAAGUGGCCACUGCUGGCCGAUCUCUCCAACCGUCGUCCUCCCUUUCGGGGGCCCCGCGCCAGGGGAUGGGAGGUACGGCUCGCGGGCCAGGGCGGAAGGAUGCGGGGCCUCCGGGGGCCGCACUCCCGCCCCAGCAGCGGAGAGGAAGAAACCCUGCCCCACUUCACUUCCUGGGAGACCGCCUUUGGGUGAUGGUGUCUAUGACACUUUCAUGAUGAUAGAUGAAACCAAAUGCCCACCUUGUUCAAAUGUUCUCUGCAACCCUUCUGAGCCACCUCUACCCAGAAGACUAAAUAUCACCACUGAGCAAUUAACAAGAGAUCAUACUCAGCAUCUUAUAAAUGGAGGUGAGAUGAAGGUAGAACAGCUGUUUCAAGAAUAUGGCAGCAGAAGAUCUGAUAAUGUUCAGUCAGAUGAAAGCAACAACUCUGAAAAAUGCUCUUUUAUUGUUCCUCAGGGUAAAAGCUCUGAUAGCUUAAAUACAGUAAAAUCCAGCAGUUCAUCCAAAGCAUCCAAAGUGGUACCUCUGACUCCAGAGCAAGCACUGAAACAAUAUAAACACCACCUCACUGCUUUUGAGAAGCUAGAAAUCAUCAACUAUCCAGAAAUUUACUUUGUGGGGCCAAAUGCCAAAAAAAGACAUGGAGUUCUUGGCGGUCCUAAUAAUGGGGGAUAUGAUGAUACAGAUGGGGCAUAUAUUCAUGUACCCCGAGACCAUCUAGCUUAUCGAUAUGAGGUGCUGAAAAUCAUUGGCAAGGGGAGUUUUGGGCAGGUGGCUCGAGUCUAUGAUCACAAACUCCGACAAUAUGUUGCUGUAAAGAUGGUACGCAAUGAAAAGCGCUUCCAUCGUCAAGCAGCUGAAGAGAUCCGUAUUUUGGAGCAUCUUAAAAGACAGGAUAAAACUGGCAGCAUGAAUGUUAUCCAUAUCCUGGAAAGUUUCACGUUCCGGAACCAUGUUUGCAUGGCUUUUGAAUUGCUGAGCAUAGACCUUUAUGAGUUAAUUAAAAAAAAUAAGUUUCAAGGUUUUAGUAUCCAGUUAGUACGAAAGUUUGCUCAAUCCAUCUUGCAGUCGUUGGAUGCUCUCCACAAAAAUAAAAUUAUCCAUUGUGACCUGAAGCCAGAAAACAUUCUCCUGAAACACCAAGGGCGGAGUGCAACCAAGGUCAUUGACUUUGGGUCUAGUUGUUUUGAGUACCAGAAACUUUAUACAUAUAUCCAGUCUCGGUUCUACAGAGCUCCAGAGGUCAUCUUAGGAAGCCGCUAUAGCACACCAAUUGACAUAUGGAGUUUUGGCUGCAUCCUUGCAGAACUUUUAACAGGACAACCUCUCUUCCCUGGAGAGGAUGAAGGAGACCAGUUGGCCUGUAUGAUGGAACUUCUAGGGAUGCCACCACCAAAACUUCUGGAACAAUCCAAACGUGUCAAGUACUUUAUUAACUCUAAGGGCCUACCUCGCUACUGUUCUGUGACUACUCAGACAGAUGGAAGGGUUGUGCUUGUGGGGGGUCGCUCACGUAGGGGUAAAAAGCGGGGUCCACCAGGCAGCAAAGACUGGGUGACAGCACUGAAAGGGUGUGAUGACUACUUAUUUAUAGAGUUUUUGAAAAGGUGUCUUCAAUGGGACCCCUCUGCCCGCCUGACCCCAGCUCAAGCAUUAAGACACCCUUGGAUUAGCAAGUCUGUGUCCAGACCUCUCACCAUUGAAAAGGCACCAGGGAAACGGGUACUAAAUCCUGCAAAUGCUUUCCAGGGACUAGGUUCCAGACUGCCUCCAGUUGUUGGAAUAGCCAGUAAGCUUAAAGCUAACUUAGUAUCAGAAACCAGUGGCGGUAUACCUCUGUGCAGUGUAUUGCCAAAACUGAUUAGUUAAUGGACAGCAGUAUGCUCAGAGUUGCAUAUGUGUGGUGUGUUUUUUUUUUUUGUUGUUGUUGUUGUUUGCUUUUUUACAAACCUGAAAAUGGGGGGAAAAUACAAGCCCAUUGGUGGAUAUGUUUUUGUUAGACUUGUUUUUUUUUAACAAGGCAAAACAUUUUUAUAUGACUGUAAAAGAACUUUUCAAGGGCUAAUUAUCUAACCAGCUUAUAUUGGCCAUCCUGGAAUAUACAUUAAACGACAUUUUGUAGGUCAA